AGCCCUAACUCAACCGAUUCAAUCCCGCUUCGCUCGAGAAUCGAAUCGGAAUUGACAGUGAAAACCUCCAAAUCUGAAUGGUUCUGAACCUGAAAUCCGAGCCAGCUAAACCCUGAUGAUUUUCAAUCGCUUUAAAUUUGAAUUCUUCUCGAACAAAAAGUCCAGGGGAAGUAGGAAUUAGAAAACAAACCCUAGAUAUAUAUAUAUAUAUUUAUUUUUUUUUUGUUUUUUUGUUUUGGGGGGGAAUUACAAUGGAUGCGAAGGACAUCCUGGGUUUGCCCAAAAACGUUCAUCCUUUAACGCAAGAGAAGAAGUCUAGGCCACAGAAGGACUCUCAGAGAAAACCAGAUGGCAUUUCGAGGGAGGUUUAUGCUCUUACAGGUGGUGUGCCUCCUCUUAUGCCCUCGGUCGACACGUCCCAAUUGAAAAAAAGGCCUCCAACUGAUGAGAAGGUCACUUGGCAGUGGCUUCCUUUUACGAAUUCGGCUAGAAAAGAUAACUUGCAGCUUUACCACUGGGUUAGGGUUGUAAAUGGUGUGCCUCCGACGGGUGACUAUUCCUUUGCCAAGUAUAACAAGUCAGUGGAUGUUGUGAGAUACACGGACGAAGAGUAUGAGAAAUUUUUGACUGAUCCUAUGUGGACCAAGGAUGAGACAGAUCAAUUGUUUGACUUUUGUGAACGGUUUGAUCUCCGGUUCAUUGUGAUAGCUGACAGGUUUCCAUCAUCUCGGACUGUGGAGGAGUUGAAAGAUCGUUAUUACAGUGUUUCCCGGGCCAUAUUAGUUGCUAGAGCUCCAUCUCCUGGAGACGUUUCAGGGAACCCUCUUGUCAAGGAACCUUACAAUGUUUCACAAGAAAGAGAGCGCAAGCGAGCAUUGUCCAUGGUCCUCUCUCAAACAAAGCAGCAAGAGCGGAAAGAUGCUGAGGUUAUUGCUGAAGCAAAAAGGAUAACAGAGUCACGAAUGGUUGCACAGAGUGCUGACGAGCCAGAGCUGCCUGUUGCAUCAAACUCUGGUCUAGAAAAUGCUGAAAAGGCUAUUGUUCUGGGUGAUAAUGUGUCACCUUCAUCGAAUGCUCAGCUUCCAUCUGCAGCAGUUUCACCUUCAACAUUAAUAGCAGACAAUGCCUUGACUCUAGCUUCUCUUCGCAUGCUUCGGGUGUACUUGAGGACAUAUGCACUUGACCAAAUGAUACAAGCUGCAAGCUCCUCUGCUGGGCUUCGGACUAUCAAGCGAGUUGAGCAAACUUUGCAAGAUCUUGGGGUUAAUCUAAAACCAAGGGUUCCAACAAAGGCCGUUUGUUCUGAGCAUCUUGAAUUAAGAAAAGAAAUACUGACACUACUGAAUCUUCAGAAACAGUUGCAAUACAAGGAGGCAGAAGGUUCAUCUUUUCGUGAUAGCCCCUAUGAAACACCAGGCACACCUAAGGAUCGGAUGUUUAUUCCUGACUCAAUGAGUUUUGGAGGGGAGAGGGUUGGUAAAAGGGAUCAGAAACGCAAGGCUCCUGGGAGGUUGACAGAAGCUCCUUCAUCACCCGCACAGUCUAAAAGGCCUAGAAAGUUAAAGGCAUCAGAUCUAUAGUUCCAGGGGUUUGUGAAUCCUCUGAAGAAGUUGGUGAGAAAGCAAGUUCUGAGUGUAGCGAUUCUGGUGGCAGCCCAAGUUUGCACCUGCUUUGAGGAAUCAUAGUCAACCAUCUUUAUGAUCAAAUUAAAAAGCUGAAGCUAGGAUGCUGCUGGUUAGAUCAAAAGUCAUCGAAUGAUGAAUAUUUGUUAGAAAUCAUUCAUGCUGUAUUUAUGUAUUAAUGAAUAUUUAAGAAUUCAAUUUA